AUGCAGGUCAUGGAAGCCCUGGCAGGAAUUCGGGCAGAAGCUAACUGCCUGAUCUGUCUGGAUUACUUUAGAGACCCCGUUACCAUCAAAUGUGGGCACAACUUCUGUCGCUCCUGCAUCCAGCAAUCCUGGCAGGAUCAACAGGACUGGUUCCGAUGCCCUGUGUGCCACCACCCAUGCCUACAGUUGCACCUCAGGAGCAACACCCAGCUGGGAAAUAUAGCUGAAAUUGCCAAGCUACUCCACAUCACCAGGAGCAAGAGGAAGAGGGAGGAAGAGACACGCUUGUGCAAGAAGCACAAUCAGGAACUGACCCACUUCUGUGAAGAAGAGCUGGAAGUCCUGUGUUCCCUGUGCACUCAGCCCCCAAACCACCAGGAUCACCUCGUGAGGUCCAUAGAGGAGGCUGCCUCUCAUCACAGGAAAAGGCUCAUGAGUUACAUGGAGCCCCUGAAGAAACAAGUGGCAGACAUUCAAAAACUAAUAACUACCCAAGACAGAGAACCAUCAGAGCUGAGAAAGAAGGUGGAAAAGCAAAGGAAAGAAUUAUUCUCUGAAUUUGAGCACCUGAACAAGUUUUUAGACCGUGAGCAUGAGGCAGCUCUCUCCAGGUUAGCUUAUGAAGAGAAGCACGUUCAACAGAAACUAAAUGCGAAUAUAACAGCAUUUUCAGAGUCCAUUUCCACACUCAACAGUCUACUAAAGGAGGUGGCAGAGAAGAGUGUGAUGUCAGAAGUGAAACUGCUGACAGAUAUUCAGAGCCUCCAGGAUCGAUGUGAAGGCCUCAACCCCCCAGUGCUCUAUUCCUUCCAGCUAACGAAGGAAGAAUGCAGCCUUCCUCCACAGUAUUCGGCUCUGCAGAAAAUCAUACAGAAAUUUAAGGAAGAUGUAACCUUGGAUCCUGAAACAGCACAUUCAAAUCUGAUUGUCUCUGAAGAUAAAAAGCCUGUGACAUUUGUGAAGAAAACACAAAGACUUCCUCCUAAUCCAAAGAGAUUCAAGUUUGACCCAGUUGUCCUGGGUUGUGAAGAGUUCAGUUCUGGUAGACAUUACUGGGAGGUGGAAGUGGGUGAGAAGCCUGAAUGGUCUGUGGGGCUUUGUAAAGACUCCCUUUCCAGGAAGGCAAAGAGGCCCCCGGCAGGGCAGGAGAGAUGCUGGGCAAUUCAGCUGUGCAAUGGUAACUAUGUUGCACAAGGCACUUUUCCAGUCACUCUGGUGAUAACAGAAAAACCCAGAGGGAUUGGCAUUUAUCUGGACUAUGAACUGGGUGAGAUUUCGUUUUACAGUUUGAAUGACAGAUCUCAUAUCUAUUCUUUCACUGAUAGAUUUUCUGAAAUCCUGAAGCCUUAUUUCUGUAUUGGACGUGAUUCUCAACCUCUCACAAUCUGUGCUGUCAGAGAUUAUGAAUGAUAAACUCUCUGGGAGGCUGUCACAUUGCUUGAUUUUCUUCCUGCAAUUUAUGGUAGCAUGUCAUACAACUAUCAGUGAAUAUGGUACUGAAAAUUUUUUCUUUUUUAUAUGCUCCUAUGACUUUAAACACAUGAAGAAAGUUGUUUUAUCUCCUGUAACGACCAGUAACCAGAGUGUGAUUAUUACAAUAUUAAUUGAUUUUCCUGUAAUUGCCCUCCCUAUGGUUUGGUUCCUCUUCUUACCCUAUAAGAAUACUUGUAGGAUGAAACUGCCCGGGACUACCUCGUUCCAUUUUCUGUGUGCUAUGUGGUUCCUCAAUUGCAAUUGUUUAAAAUUCUUAAUAAACCUCUCUGUUUGAAAUUGAAACAGCAUUCCAGUUUUUCUCUACAACACCAUUUUAUGCUGAUCAACAACAACAUAAAGUUCUUGAAAGUACAUCCCAAGGCAAGGCAACACACACACAAACUAGUAGCUAAAUGAUUCCAAGAUGUUUCAGUCAGGUCGACCCAUUUAAGAUAUCCAGAGUUCUUCUUCAGAUCCAUUCCAGGAACCCUUGUUCAAAACCUGGACAAGUAACCCAUGCCCCCAAAACCUGGGACAAGUAAACCCUUGCCCUCAAACCAGGGAAAAAUAAACCCUUCCGUCCAAACUUCAGCAAGUAUUUUCUGAGCCCUCUCCCAAGAUCAAACCUAACAUCUUUUAUUGAACUCACUUUGAUAUCCCUUGAAACCAGUCCAAGUAUUCAGAUAAUGCAAACGGUAAAACUCCCUACAAACGCUGAGCACCACACAGAAAUUCCCAAAAGUGGAAAGAAAAGGACAGGGCGGAUGGAAAUCCAGUUUCCCAAACAGACAACGUGAAAGGGUAACUUCCCAAGGAAAAGAUAUUCCUAACUGUUCAGUUAUAAAUUUAGAGAGUUCAACACAAAAGGGGUAGAACUUGAACCCAGGAGAUUUAUACCAAGUUCCCAAGCCAUGAUGAGGAAACAGUUGGAUGCAUAUGUGGCCCAUGUUUGGAAUCAAUUAUUAUGCCUCAUCACAAGGUGGAGCACUUGGUGACUUUUUUCUGGGUCCAACUUCUGACAUUACCCUGUAAAA